UUUAAUCUCGAGAAUAGCCGGGCAAAAUGAGCUCAGGUGCAUUUUUCAGAUUGCUAUACUUGAUUAAAUGUGGUGUUAAUUUUUGAAAGCCAGCAAAAAGACUUACUGAAUUUUCAGCUUUUUAAAUAUUUAACUGACCAAGUUCUACCUCAUACCAAACUAAAUUAAGUACAUUAUCAAUUUAGGCCCUUAUCCCAACAAUGUUUCGACUGAACAAAUUAUUAUCCAAAUGUAAAUGUAGCAGAACAAAGCUAGACAUAAUAUCCUUUUCGUCGUUGCCUCCACAAAGUCUAGCUAGAAGAACAGCCAUCAUAUGGGGUAGACAACUGGCUUUUUUCGGAGCUUGCCUUUCCAGUGGAGAAAUUAUACAACAAAAACUGGAACACUAUCUAAAACAAUCCCAGUUACAAAUGAACAACGAUCAAACUUCAAACAAAGCCAUCUCUAAGGGAUCCAAAACUACCCCUCCAAAAAACACAACUAUGGGGCAAAUUUUUGACUUCAGUUGCAUAGACUGGCGUCUUGUCUCUCACGUCACCUUGGCUGGGAUGUUGGGGAAUGGAUGUGUGUGCUGUUUGUGGUACAAUCAUAUUUUUGACAGGCUUAUCAAACCUGGAUUUACGGCCAAGAUACUGGCUAAACGCGUGAUGGUCGAUAACUGCAUCGCUGGAGGAUCAUGUCUCAUAGUAUUUUACGCAACUCUCGCAAUUUUGGAGAACUCCAGCAUAAAAGAAAAAAUAGGCCAGAACUUUGGACUAUCAUACUUGGCAUCUUGGACAUACUGGGUUCCAAUACAGUACAUCAACUUCCGCUGGUUUGGACCCGAGUGGAGAGUCGCAUUUGUAGCAGUGAGCACAUUAGUAUGGAGCGUCCUUCUGUGUAUCAUCAAAAACCCACGUUUCCAUGUUCUUAAGCCCUCAGACUUCGAAGGAUAAAGCUGACCAGAGGUUCGAGCAACAUGAAGAACAGAGCUGAUCUAAGAUUCGAGCACCAUGAAAAACUUUGGCAUAUUACUCAACUUCAGUUAUACGCUUAAUAUUAAUGCAUUACAUAAAAGCUUAG